AUUCAUAAACAUCAAAAUUGGCAGUUUUCGUUUGCGCGGUGAAAUAGUUUGUUGACGGACGAUUACGGACUAAAAUCGUAUGUUAUGCUACACAUGAAGAAGCUAUAUUAUUAUAGACGUAUGUAAUACCCAUUAGCCUUAGGGUAUUUCAUAUAUUCAACGAAUCAUGCUAGAUUUAGAAGUUGGACCAGGGAGAUCCCUUGGAAGCGAACAAUGGGAGUUCACUCUUGGGAUGCCUUUGAUGCAGGCAAUUACAAUUCUUCGACGACAAUGCCGUAUAGUCAAAGAAGUUCAAGUGUUGUAUUGUGAGCAGGAGCCCCUGUCACUUGAUCUGGUGCUGAAUUUAACUCAGGAUGGAAUUAAGUUGAGAUUUGAUGCUAAGUUGCAACGGUUAAAAGUUAUUGAGGUGUAUGAUCUUUCAAAAGUCAAACUGAAAUACUGUGGCAAUCAUUUCAGUAGCUCAAGCGUACAACCCACAAUUGAGAAAGUAUAUGGAACAUUUGGUGCUACACACCCAGGCAUCUAUGACCCUACCCACAGCCUUUUCACCAUCAAUUUCAGGGGGCUGUCAUUUCAUUUUCCAGUCCCACAACAUAUAAAGUUUGAGACAUCUGCCAUUCAUGGUUUAAGUUCCUUACCUAUUCCUAAAAAUGGUUCAGUCCAUGUUUCUAGAAUUUUUAUCUUCAGCGGAAGUACUUGGAAUGAAGCCAGACCUCCACCCCUGCCAGCCUGCUCUUUCUAUGGGAACACCUUUUGUGAAAAUGUAACUGCUGUUGUGGAGAAUGGACUUACAGUUGGCCUGGAGUUACAACUACUUGUUGAAGCCUCAGGUUUUGGUAAGGGUAUGGAUUCUCGUAAACACGACAUCAGCAGAGUCGUUUGCUUUGGUGAGUCAUGCCAAGACGUGAUGACUGCCCUCGGAUGUCCAAGCAAGAUAUUCUACAAGUCUGAAGAUAAGAUGAGAAUACACUCCCGUUCAUUCCAACGUGACCAGCAACGCAGCUCUGACUACUUCUUUAAUUAUUUUACUCUUGGUCUGGAUAUUCUCUUCGAUGCUAUUACCCAUCGUGCCAAAAAGUUCAUAUUACACAGUAAUUAUCCUGGACACUACCAUUUCAACAUAUACUGCCGAUGUGAUUUCAAGAUACCAAUCCCAACGCCAAAAGGUUGCAAUAAAGGCGAGAGCAACAGACUUGCAGAACCUGAUGUACCAUUUAUUACACCAUUCACUAAAUGGAAUGAAAUCCAAGGUUAUCUAAUACCUCUCCAGAAACCGGUUGUCCUCAACAGAGCAUCGACCAUUAACACCACUAACCCGUUUGGAUCGACAUUCUGUUAUGGUGUGGAAAAUAUGAUAGUGGAGGUGAUGUCCAACAACCACAUUGCAUCUGUUACCAUUUACACCCCUCGACCAGCAAAUUCGAACCCUGACCUGUCAUGACCUCGCAAUAAAAUUCUUGCCAUUGAAAAAUCAACCUUUCAGAAGACAGCUACUGAGAUAAUGAAAAAUAUUUUUUCCCCAAAAUCAUCUUUUAUGAAAGGCCAGUGAAAAAAAAAUUUUAAUGAUAGUUAUUAGUAUCAGUGUUAUUGUAAACACUAGCUAUGAUAUAAAGAAAAGAAGCAUAUAGAAACAUCCUCAAUUCAUAUUAGUGUAUGACUUUCUGAAGGCUGAUCCAUAAAAUAUCUACAGUGUUUACACUGCAAUCGUUGACUUGCAUAGCUGGCCCAGACGCAAUUGGAAAUGAUUCUCAGUUUGAGUCACAGUCAACAGUAGCCUAUAGCGAUUUUAUGGAAAC